UACCACCCAACUCUAUCUUGUCCCGCCCGCCCUCUCUCUCGCCUCAGCAUCCGUACCUGCGCUCUUCUUCUUGUUCCAUCACCUCUGCUGCCCUCUCUGGUCCUGCCCUCUUUUAUCUUCCUCCUCCACUCAUCUCCACUUUGAGAGGAAAGGAGUACCUGUGAGUCUGGACGUUGCCGCAUGGACGACUGAAUACAGUUUAUUUACGGAUCUGUUGUCCCUCCACAAAUAAUGACUGGGAACCGUCGAGCGGCCGCGGCUCCAGCGGGAACCCCGUCCAUCCCAACAAACUCGCCAAAUACAACAACCUCUCCAGGCCAAAAACAAUCUGGUGGUCACAGUCACAAGUUCAUGAAUGAACUGCACAGCAUCCACAGGCCACCAUGGGCUGUCGCCGCCCUUUGCGUCGUGAGUUUGUGCGUGGUUCUGUCCUUCGCCGUGUGUGUGGGGAAAAAGUGCUUGAAAAAGAAGGACAAAGAAAAGGACAAGAAAAAGGGAAAGGACAAGACCAGCGGAGGGUCUGACACGGAAAUGGAUGGAGGUUACAGCGAGCCGCUGAAAGAUGAAGGUAACGAAAAAACAGAGCUGUCAGAUAUUGAGCCCAAGGAUGAGGGGAAGUUGGGCCGGCUACAUUUCACAUUAGACUACAACUUCACAGAUAAUACGCUCAUAGUCGGCAUCUUGCAAGGUGCUGAACUCCCAGCGAUGGACGUGGGUGGUAGUUCGGACCCCUAUGUUAAACUCUACCUGCUCCCGGACAAAAAGAAAAAGUUUGAAACCAAAGUCCACAGGAAGACUCUUGAACCCAACUUCAAUGAGACUUUCACCUUUAAGGUGCCCUACACUGAGCUGGGCGGGAAGACACUGGUGAUGACCGUGUACGACUUUGAUCGCUUCUCUAAACACGACGCCAUCGGCGCUGUGAAGAUACCGAUGAGCGGCGUGGACUUCAGCCAGUCUCUGCAGGAGUGGAGGGAUCUGCAGAAGGCAGAGAAAGAGGAGAGCGAACGCCUUGGAGACAUAUGCUUGUCCUUGAGGUAUGUGCCAUCUGCAGGGAAGCUGACGGUGGUGAUUUUAGAGGCCAAAAACCUGAAGAAAAUGGAUGUGGGUGGAUUAUCUGACCCUUACGUGAAGCUCCACUUAAUGCAGAACGGGAAAAGACUCAAGAAAAAGAAAACAACCACAAAGAAGAACACUUUAAACCCGUACUACAACGAGUCUUUCAGCUUUGAAGUGACAUGUGAACAAAUAGAGAAGGUGCAGGUUGGAGUGACUGUGUUGGACUACGAUAAGAUUGGGAAGAAUGAUGCCAUUGGGAAAGUGCUGCUGGGCCUUAACGGUACUGGGACUGAGCAACGACACUGGGAAGACAUGCUGGCGAACCCUCGUAGGCCAAUAGCUCAAUGGCAUAGCCUCAAGCCAGAGGAUGAAAUAAAAGCCCUGCUUUCCAACAAGAAAUGAAGCCGUGACGCCCUGUUUGGUGGGCUACUUACGACAUUGUAGCAUUUACCUCCCCUUCUUCUAAAUAAUGUUCCUGACCUUCCCCUAAUUCCCCUUAAACACUUUAAGCUUCUUGACUAUGUCAAUCUAACCACUAUACCCUGUUUUAUCCUUGACACUAUUCAAGUGACUCUUACGGACUGGAAACCUUCUUCCUUGAGUAACUUUCCUCCUCCUGCUUGUACCUAAACUCCAACAGUGUUAAACAAAGAUGUAUCACUAUGUGUAUUGCUAUUAAACCGUAAGAGAUUUUUUUUAA